CUCAUUCAGGCCCUGGUGCUGUUCCCCACCUUCAGGUCUGGCUCCUGUGGCUAGAGCCCUGGUGCCCACAGCUCAACCUGGACCUUUCCACCCUUGAAGGGCUCAUGAAGGAGCUGCCACCUCCAAGUCAGCUGCAGCUGUGCAUCCGCUCAGACCACAAGACUCCAUGGAGAUGCUGAACUCUCUUUGUUCUCCCAACAAGUACUAGGCAAGGAGGGAAGGAAGGGACGAGGAUGACAAGACUGCCUGUGGCCAUGAGCCCUCCCCGGUGCUCCUGGGGUUAAGGCUGGGGCUGCAGCCAUGGGGCUGGAUCGGCCCCAGGCCUGGUUGCUGGGUCUGCCCACAGCUGCGGUCUAUGGCUCCCUGGCUUUCUUCACCACCAUCCUGCACAAUGUCUUCCUGCUCUACUAUGUAGACACCUUUGUAUCAGUGUACAAGAUCAACAAAAUGGCCUUCUGGGUCGGAGAGACGGUGUUUCUCCUCUGGAACAGCCUCAAUGACCCCCUCUUCGGCUGGCUCAGUGACCGGCAGUUCCUCAGCUCCCAGCACCGCAGGUCAGGCGCUGGGCUCUCCUCAAGGGCCGUGGUGCUGGCCCGGGUGCGGGCCCUGGGCUGGCAUGGGCCGCUGCUGGCGCUGUCAUUCCUGGCAUUCUGGGUACCCUGGGCCCCAGCUGGCCUGCAGUUCUUGCUGUGCCUGUGCCUCUACGAUGGCUUCCUGACGCUCGUGGACCUUCACCACCACGCCUUGCUGGCCGACCUGGCACUCUCAGCCCACGACCGCACCCACCUCAACUUCUACUGCUCCCUCUUCAGUGCAGCCGGCUCCCUCUCUGUCUUUGCCUCCUAUGCCUUUUGGAACAAGGAGGAUUUCUCCUCCUUCCGCGCUUUCUGCGUGACACUGGCUGUCAGCUCUGGGCUGGGCUUUCUGGGGGCCACACGGCUGCUGAGGCGGCGGGUUGAGGCCGCCCGAAGGGACCCAGGGUGCUCAGGCCUGGCUGUGGAUUGCGGCCUGUGUGGAGAGGAGCUGCUUGUGGGCAGUGAGGAGGCAGACAGCAUCACCUUGGGCCAAUAUCUCCGGCAGCUGGCACGCCAUCGGAACUUCCUGUGGUUUGUGAGCAUGGACCUGGUGCAGGUCUUCCACUGCCACUUCAACAGCAACUUCUUCCCUCUCUUCCUGGAGCAUCUGUUGUCUGACCAUAUCUCCCUUUCCACGGGCUCCAUCCUGUUGGGCCUCUCCUAUGUCGCUCCCCAUCUCAACAACCUCUACUUCCUGUCCCUGUGCCGGCGCUGGGGCGUCUACGCGGUGGUGCGGGGACUCUUUCUGCUCAAGCUGGGCCUUAGCCUGCUCAUGUUGUUGGCUGGCCCGGACCACCUCAGCCUGCUGUGCCUCUUCAUUGCCAGCAACCGCGUCUUCACUGAGGGCACCUGUAAGCUGCUGACCUUGGUGGUCACCGACCUGGUAGAUGAGGACCUGGUGCUGAACCACCGCAAGCAGGCAGCCUCGGCACUCCUCUUUGGCAUGGUUGCCCUGGUGACCAAGCCAGGCCAGACCUUUGCCCCGCUGCUGGGCACCUGGCUGCUCUGUUUCUACACAGGUCAUGACCUCUUCCAGCAGUCCCUGAUAACCCCUGUGGGGAGUGCCCAUCCUUGGCCAGAGCCCCCAGCCCCAGCCCCUGCACAGGCCCCGAUGCUCCGCCAGGGCUGCUUCUACCUGCUGGUGCUGGUACCCAUCACCUGUGCUCUGCUGCAGCUCUUCACCUGGUCUCAGUUCACGCUGCACGGGAGACGCCUGCACAUGGUCAAGGCCCAGCGCCAGAACCUGUCACAGGCCCAAACCCUGGAUGUUAAGAUGGUGUGAGAGCUGUGGCAAGGCCACCCCACUGAGGACGCUGCCGGCAGCCUGGGGGAGGAGCCAGUUUUUUUUUUUUUUUUUAAGGAUUUCAUAGCUGUUUUGUUUUUGUUUUUGUUUUUGGAGAUGUUCCCUCAAAAAAUUGAUCUGUUGCCCAGGCUGGAGUGCAGUGUUGCAAUCUGGGCUCACUGAAACCUCCACCACCCAGGUUCAAGUGAUUCUCCUGCCUCAGCCUCCCGAGUAGCUGGGAUUACAGGAGCGUGCCACCACGCCUGGCUACUUUUUGUAAUUUUAGUAGAGACAGGGUUUCAUCACGUUGGCCAGGCUAGUCUCGAACCCCUGACCUCAGGUGAUCAGCCUGUCUCGGCCUCCCAAAGUGCUGGGAUUACACGCGUGAACCACUGUGGCCGACCUAAUUUUUGUAUUAUUUAGUAGAGAUGAGGUUUCACCACGUUGGCCAGGCUGGUCUCGAACUCCUGACCUCAAGUGAUCUGCCUGCUUUGGUCUCCCAAAGUGCUGGGAAUAUAGGCGUGAGCCAUCGCACCCGGCCAGGAGCCAGUUUUACCAGCAUUCUGCUCCACCACCUUCCUCCAGUGCAGCCUGGAAGACAUGGCAGCGGGGAGCUCUCACUGCAGUCAAAGUCUCUGCUUAGCUGUCUGGCUCAGCUUGGGCAAGGGCUGGGCCGUAUGUGCUCAGGGAUGUGCUUCUCUUGUGGAGCAGGAGGACAGAAGAGGACCAAGAAGGGAGGGGGCUGUCCUGUGAUGCACACGGGCCUGCCAUGGGGCGUGGGAGCCUGUCCCGCUGCCUGGCCGGAGCUGGCCGCUGUGGUGCUCAGGAACCACUUUUGAUACUGCAACUCCUCUCUUUUUCCCAGUCAGGGAAAGCUGACUCCAAGUCCCACCUCCCCCUCAGUCCACCCUUCUAGUAGUUUCUCUCAGAGGGUUCUCUGCUUCAGCUGUGCUUGAAGUGGCAUGCCUCCGCUGCUGCAGGGCUCCCCUACCCCGACACGGCCUCUAAAGAUGUUUAUUUCCUUACAGACUGAUUAAAGUCGGCCAUUCUUUUUCCUCAA